AAUUAAUUAGGUGUCUUCCUUCCCAUUCGUCAACCUUUUAUUUUCCUCCUUCAAAUCUCUCCUAAAAUAAGAUCUAGAAGCUCGUCUUCCUUCGAUUAUUUUUUUCCGUUUUCUAUAUAUUAAAAAGCUGUUGAAAGGUAGCAGCGAUGUUAGGUGUUUUCCGGCGAAAAGUCGUUAGCGGAACCGCUUCUUCCGCUUCGAUCCUAGGGAAAUCAUGGAGAGCAACUCGUCCUGCAGCAUCUACGAUGGCACCUUGUUUUGCCUCAAAAGAAGAGGUAUUAGUCCAUCCUGGAAUCAUUGGAAACAUUCGCAGUAUACAUCAUGUUGUCCAUCCUGGUGGUGCGGCUUAUUCAAAGCCAUUAAGGGAGGUUAUGACCAGUCUUAAGCCUUAUGACACCAUGCCAACGCAAAGUAGAUUGUUCUCCUCGGGAAGUGGUGAUUUGGUUGAUGCUGUUGUUCCUUUUAUGGGUGAAUCAAUUAGUGACGGUACUCUGGCAGCUUUCCUGAAGAAACCUGGUGAUAGGGUAGAAAUUGAUGAACCAAUUGCACAAGUUGAGACAGACAAGGUGACUAUUGAUGUUGCUAGUCCUGAGGCGGGUAUAAUUCAAGAGUUUGUAGCAAAGGAAGGGGAUACUGUUGAGCCAGGUACAAAAGUUGCUAUUAUUUUAAAGUCGGCAGAAGGUGCAACUGCUCCAUCCAAGAAGGCAUCUGAAGAGGCUGGGUCUCCUCCACCUCCUAGUGCUGAGAAGGUAGAGGAGAAGCCAAAGCCAAAAGUGGAAACUACCCCUGUCAUUGAGAAGCCCAAGACAGCUUCUCCACCACCUCAAGCAUCUGCUUCUGAACCCCAACUUCCCCCUAAAGAAAGAGAAAGACGUGUUCCUAUGACCCGUCUAAGAAAGCGAGUUGCUACACGUCUGAAAGAUUCUCAGAACACAUUUGCAUUGUUGACGACAUUCAAUGAAGUUGACAUGACAAAUUUGAUGAAACUUCGUUCUGAGUACAAGGAUGCCUUCUUAGAGAAGCAUGGAGUCAAGCUGGGACUGAUGUCUGGAUUUGUCAAGGCUGCUGUAAGUGGACUUCAGAACCAGCCAAUCAUUAAUGCAGUCAUUGAUGGAGAUGAUAUUAUAUACAGAGAUUAUAUUGACAUCAGCAUAGCUGUCGGAACCCCCAAGGGACUUGUUGUGCCAGUUAUCCGCAAUGCAGAAAAGAUGAACUUCGCUGAGAUAGAGAAAGAGAUCAACACUCUUGCCAAAAAGGCAGUUAAUGGAACCAUAUCUAUUGAUGAGAUGGCAGGAGGCUCAUUUACAAUCUCUAAUGGUGGUGUUUAUGGAAGUCUUUUGAGCACUCCCAUUAUCAAUCCUCCUCAGUCUGCAAUUUUGGGUAUGCAUUCGAUCGUGAGCCGUCCUAUGGUUGUCGGAGGCAGCAUAGUUCCAAGGCCGAUGAUGUACAUCGCCCUCACCUAUGACCAUAGGCUAAUUGACGGUAGAGAGGCUGUGUUUUUCCUGCGCCGAAUUAAAGAUGUAGUUGAGGAUCCAAGGAGGUUGUUGCUUGACAUCUAAAGGCCUCGAGACCUCAGAAUGCUUGAUGCAUGUUGAUUUCUGGUAUAUUUGAAGUCUCCACUUAACCAGAAUAAAUACCAAAAAUUUUGUAAGCUUUUGCUGUUAAAUUGCGGCCAUCCAUGUUUGCUUUGAUGUAAGUACAUUCUGAUAUAAGCUACACCUGAACACAUGGUUGGAUUUUACACUGCCCAAACCAUACAUUUGUUGCUGCCAUUGGUUUGAGCUUCCAAAGAGACUCGCUCUUUACUUUUCAA